AUGAAUACAUCUGUUGGAGAUUUCCCUGGCAACUGCAGUACCCCAGCAGACUACCAGUUCUACCUCUUCCCAGCCGUCUACAGUCUGGUGAUGGCACUGGGCCUGCCAGGAAACGUGGGAGCCCUCUACAUGUUCAUCUUCAAGAUCACUCCUCGCACCUCAUCUAACGUGUACGUGAUCAACCUGGCCCUAGCCGAUACCGCCAUCCUCUGCACCCUGCCCUUCAAGAUCCACUACUUCCUCAACAGAAACGACUGGGUAUUCGGAGACAUGGCUUGCCGCAUUACAGGAACACUGUUCUUCGCCAACAUCUACAUCAGCAUCGCCUUCAUGACCUGUAUCUGUGUGGAUCGAUACACGGCCGUUGCCCAUCCUCACAUCUAUCUGAGGCUCCGGAACUCGUGUUAUACUGUAGUGGUGAGCGUGGCGGUGUGGGUGGUGGCGGGGGUGGCUGUUCUGUCCUUCAUCCGAGUGGGACCUCUGGACAGCAAACCUGGCGGAGGUCGCCCCCAGCGCCGUAGCUGCUUUGAGAACUUUUCAAAGCACGAGUGGGACAGGCGUGUGGCGCCGUACAGCUUAUUCAGUCUCGUCUUCGGCUCGCUACUGCCCUCUGUGGUCAUCCUGGUGUGUUACCCUCUGGUGGCACGGCGCAUCGCUCUCAUCCGGACCAACACGGCCCGCGGAGCCCUGAGGGUCAUCUACACCAUCCUGGCUAUCACCCUGCUCUGCUUCCUGCCGUACCAUGUGGUUCACUUCCUGCACCUGCUCCGCCGUCAAGGAGCCAUCCAUCACUGUCCCCAUGCCAAUGCCAUCUACAAUGCUCGGCAGGUGACCCUGGCUCUGGUCAGCCUCAACAGCUGUCUGGACCCCCUGCUCUACUACUUCACCACUAGUCGCUGUAAGUGGAGUCCCUCCAUGGCCAGGUUCAGAUGGCUUUGGGCCAGGAGGAAUAGGGGACUCUAUACCAUUGCUGUGGGACAGUGA